UAAUGAUACAGUCAAGUACAAAUUAAUUUGUAACUUUUUUGUUUAGGUCUAGUUGAAUAUUACAAUAACAAUGUGCGGCUAUCACAAAAUCCCACGGCACACCUGGACUGGCAUCACGGCACACCUGGACUGGCAUCAUGGCACACCUGGACUGGUAUCAUGGCACACCUGGACUGGCAUCAUGGCACACCUGGACUGGUAUCAUGGCACACCCGGACUGGCAUCACGGCACACCCGGACUGGUAUCACGGCACACCCGGACUGGCAUCAUGGCACACCCGGACUGGCAUCAUGGCAGACCGUUUGAGAACCACUGGGACUAUUUGUUAUCUAUGAGUGGGUGAGGGGUGGUGCAAAAAUAUAUGAUGAUAAAAAAUAAAGUAACACUCCAGCAAAAUGAAUAAAUACAUUUAAAAAAAACACCUACGUCUUAUUUAAAAAAAAUAAAAACAAACUGUUUGCAUGAACGACAUGAAUUAAAAACUGAGGCUUUUUUCAUCUCCAGCUUUUAACUUUAACAUCAAAAAGUCAGUUUUAAACAUCUAAUAAGUCAUGUGUACGUCAUGCACACGUCACACCCAGCCUCCCUGGUAAGUGUCGAACAGUCCCUAAUAAUGACGUUCACAGGUCGUUACAUGAUGAACACACAUGAAGUGAUUGUAACACAUGACCGAUUAAAGACAGACUGUAUAAAGACGGUGUGAGGACGGCCGGGACAUCCACCGGACACACCGGGUCAGUCACUUCCUACGGUUGGUUUUUUGAAAGGACCGGUUGGAGCCUCGUUCUGUUCCCGACCAAUCGGAAGAUGAAUACGGACAUUUUCUCGCUUUAACCGCAGAGAGCACAUCCUACAGCUCAGUGAGCCUGGAGGGGCUUAGAUGGGAUGGACAGCAAAGGUAGCUCCCUGCCUUCAAUGCCCGAACCAGCCAGCCCGAUCAGCAUGAAGCAGCCGCCAGAGUCCCUCAGUGUUCGGAAAGGUGGGGGGGACAUGAGCAGUGACCCUGCUCUGCUCAUAGACAAAGCCACUGCCCAGCUGGCCGCCGCACUACAGGAAGGCGUCCUUCAGAAGAUGGCUGGCCACAGUCACAACAACCACAGCCACGAGAGGCUCAAAGACCUCACCUCCCUCGUGCUGAACGGAGACCAGGACAUGCUGCCGAAGCUUUGUGCUCCGGAGCUUCCGAUGCUGAAGGGCGCCGAGGCCCCUGCUACAAACGGCACACAUCAGCACAACUGCUCUCCUCACACUGAACAUGAACUGCAGGUGACAAUACCUCAGGUGGUCCAGCAGCCGCUGUUUGAGCCAUUCUGUGCCAACGGGACCAGUUUAGUGACGGCCACCGAAGGUCCAGUAUCUGAACCAGAGAAGAGACAGGACGUGAAGAAGAGGAAGGGAAGAGUAAACAAACCAAACCUGGGUUCCUCUGCUGUCCCUGUGGAGUCUCCUGACCCGACGGAUGAUGGAGAUGGACGUGAAGCAGCUGAGGAGCCUGAUCUCAUCCCAGAGCUGACGGAGGUGGCUACAGAAGAGUCCCCUCCCCUCGUCCGUUUCUCUGUUGGAGAUUUGGUUUGGACCAAAGUGUCCGGAUACCCCUGGUGGCCUUGCAUGGUGACCACAGACCCGGAGUUCAACAAUCACUUCAAACAGAAACAGAAAGCAGUCAACAGCAGGUCGGGUCCACUUUACCAUGUGCAGUAUUUUGGAGACGCUCCGGAGAGAGGCUACAUCUUUGAGAAGAACAUGGUGCCCUUCACUGGAGAGGAUCAAUACCAGGAGCUCAGCCAGGGCAACAAGCAGCCGGCCUCCCGUGUCGUCCACAAAAAGACGGUGCCCUCUGUGCCCCGAAAACUCCAGGCUCAGUGGAACAUGGGCGUCAUUCAGGCCAAGGAGGCGCUCAGCAUGUCACUGGAGGAGCGCAUGGGCAACUUCGCGUUUCUGUAUGAUGAGGACGGGCCCCACCUGAACCCUCGCAUCCUGGAGAAGUUGAAGCCAGAACAGGGCAGCGCAAUGGACCAGGAGACAGAGUCCAGACUCAGCCCAGAUCUCCCCUCUCCGCUGGUGAGCCCCCCUGACGACACCACAGCUGCCCAUCAGUCCAAGGACAGCACUUCUAUAGGGAAAAAGACACGAGCACCCAGAACGAAACAUAGCUUGGGAGUAUGGCAGAGGAGGGGCAAAGGCCAUCUAAAUAACUUCCUGUUGAAGAAGCAACUGAAGGGCACAGUGUCUUCCAAAGAGAUGCUUCAUCCACAGCCGCCCUCACAGGAUCCCACCACUUCUGCAGCGGAUGUUGAAGCUGGAUCAGUCGCACCUCAGAAGAAGAGGAGACCCAGACAGGCUCAAUCUCCCACAAAGACUGUGAGGAGGAGGAAGAAAUCUGCAGCGGACAACACCUCUGAACCCGUGAAGAAAAGAAAAUCAAAGCUGGUUUCUUCGACAGGCGAUAUUUCAGAACCAAUCUCACUUCCAGUUUCAGUUCCAGUCAAGAGGCAGAGAAAGAAGACGUCUAAAAGGCCGCCAACAGACGCCGCUGCAGACGCCGUUCAGCAGCCCAAACGGAGACGUAAAACCAGCAAAGAUGCUGAAAAAGAGGCCUCAACCUCAGAGGGAACGAACAAGAAGCAGAGAAGAAGGAAGAGAGCUGAUAAAGACGUGACUGAAACCAAGAGGAGACGGACCAAGAAGAAAUCUCUCCUCACUGAAGACCAAGACGCUGACAAACCAAAGCGUAGGAGGAAAAGGAAGCAUGAUGGAGAGAACCAGGCCACGCCCUCCAAGGCAAAGAGGAGGCGGACGUCUCCGUGUUCUGAUCCUGAGGGCUCUGGGAGUGAAGGACGUCCUGAUUCUCCGAGCGACAGCUUAGACGGGACGAAGAAGAGUGAGAGGAAGAAAGAGUUCGUCUGCCAGGUGUGUGAGCAGGCCGGUGAGGACCUGGUUCCCUGUGAGGGCCAGUGUUGUGGGAUGUUUCACCUCCACUGUCUCGGUCUGUCGUUCAAACCUGACGAGAAGCUGCUGUGUCAGGAGUGCAGCACAGGAAUUCACUCGUGUUUCAACUGUAAGCAGUCGGACGGCACGGUGCGUCGCUGCCACGUCCAACACUGCGGCAAGUUUUACCACGAGGCGUGCAUCCGCCUCAACCCUCUCACUGUGUUCGACAACAAGGGCUUCCGCUGUCCGCUCCACACCUGUCUGAGCUGCCACUACGGCUGCCGCACCAAGCAGAAGUCUACCAAAGGCAGGUUGAUGCGUUGCCUGCGCUGCCCUGUGGCGUACCACGUUGGCGACCCUUGUGUGGCUGCUGGCAGCGAGAUGAUCACCAACACCGCCAUCAUCUGCACGAACCACUUCAACGCCAAGAAGGGCUACAGCCACCACAGUCACGUCAACGUCAGCUGGUGCUUCGUCUGCUCCAAAGGCGGGCGGCUGCUCUGCUGCGAGUCCUGUCCUGCAGCUUUUCACCCCGACUGCCUGAACAUCGCCAUGCCUGAUGGGAGCUGGUUCUGCAACGACUGCCGGGCCGGAAAGAAACCCAAAUACAGAGACAUCAUCUGGGUCAAACUGGGAACGUACAGAUGGUGGCCUGCAGAGAUCCACCACCCCAGAAACAUCCCCACCAACAUCCAGCACCUUCGCCAUGAGAUCGGAGAGUUCCCAGUCUUCUUCUUUGGCUCCAAGGAUUAUUUCUGGACCCACCAGGGCCGAGUGUUUCCAUACAUGGAGGGUGACAGAGGCAGCAAACACCAGAGGACCGGCAUCGGAAAAGUCUUCAAGAAUGCUCUGUUGGAGGCUGAAGCUCGAUUCAAGGAGAUAAAAUUGAAACGAGAGGCCAAGGAGGCACAAGAGAACAGCAGGAAGCCGCCUCCUUACAAAUUCAUCAAGGUCAACAAACCCUUCGGUAAAGUUCAGGUGUACACCGCAGACAUCUCUGAGAUCCCCAAGUGUAACUGCAAGCUGACGGACGAGAGGCCGUGUGGCUUUGAGUCCGAGUGUCUGAACCGCAUGCUGCAGUAUGAGUGCCACCCUCAGGUGUGUCCCAGCGGCGAGCGCUGCUGUAACCAGGACUUCACCAAGCGUCUCUACCCCGAGACCAAGAUCAUCAAGACGCCCGGCAAGGGCUGGGGCCUGAUCUCUCUGCGGGACAUCAAGAAGGGCGAGUUUGUCAACGAGUACAUCGGAGAGCUGAUAGACGAGGAGGAGUGCAGGGCGAGGAUCAAGUACGCCCAGGAGAACAACAUCACUGAUUUCUACAUGCUCACCAUCGACAAGGACCGGAUCAUCGACGCUGGUCCGAAGGGAAACUAUUCUCGCUUCAUGAACCACAGCUGUCAGCCCAACUGUGAGACACAGAAGUGGACAGUGAACGGUGACACGCGAGUCGGCCUGUUCGCUGUCUGUGACAUCCCAGCAGGGACAGAGCUUACCUUUAAUUACAACCUGGACUGCCUCGGGAACGAGAAGACCGUCUGUCGCUGCGGCGCUCCAAACUGCAGCGGCUUUCUGGGUGAUCGGCCGAAGAACUCUAACGGCCAAACAGCCGAGCCCAAAGGGAAGAGACUGAAGAGGAAAUAUAAGAGGAGGAAAAGUGAGGGCAAGAAAAAGUCUGAUGACGACUGUUUCCGCUGCGGAGACGGAGGACAGCUGGUGAUCUGUGGAAAGAAGACGUGCACCAAAGCUUAUCACCUGUCCUGCCUCAACCUCACCAAGAGACCCUUCGGUCGCUGGGACUGCCCCUGGCACCACUGUGACGUCUGCGGGAAGAACUCUGAGGCGUUCUGUCAGCUCUGCCCCAACUCCUUCUGCAAGGCUCACCAGGAGGGGGCGCUGCGUCCCUGGCCCCGCACAGGACAGCUGUGUUGUCUGGAGCACGACGAGCUGGAGGGAACGGACAACCCGGAUCAGGGCGUCACCUCGGAGACCACCACCACGACAACCACCGCCACUACUGCCGCCAUCUGCGGCCGUCCACCUAAAGGCUCCAGGAAGGCAGACGGAGCUGAGGCCAAAACUAAAGGCUCCAAGAGGAAAGCAGCAGAGGCCUGAAAGUGACCUUUGACCCCUCAGAGAGCCCAAACACCAAACCAGACUCUGACACCUGCUUCAUGAACACACAUAAACCCCCUCGUCAUAACGUCUCCAAGACCGCCAAAAUCCAAGCACUGUACAUGUUCAUCAGGGAAAGCCGCUGAUCUCUCACACGCUCGCCGCUCAGACCGUUCUGAUUUUUAUUUUAAAGAUUUUCAGGUUUAUUUUUUAACUUGUCUGCACUGAGGCCAACCAUCUGUGGUAAAGCACAAAGCAGCACAGCGAGCGCAGCGCAGAGCGAGCGCGGCGCAGGUCAGGAAGCUUCUGCUGCCUUGGUUCUGUCUGAAACCAGCUGAAGUUUACCUGAGCAGCAGCGUCACCGCCUGCUAACUUGAAUCUCUAAGCCCCGCCCCCUCCCGUCACUCAACACGGAUGAUCUUGAACAUCAGAGUUUUAUAGCUGUAUCUAUAUAUGUGUAUAUCAAAGACCAAAUUAUGAUUACUGGAGUUAUGACAUCAGACAGGUGCCAAAUGGAGCUUUUAUUUUUAUAUAUAGAAUAUAUAUGGCAGAUGGAAUACGGAGCGGCGGGACGCUGUGGGUCGGCCUUGUUACUCGUGUGUGUCGUAGCCGUAGGUUACGUUAACUGUAGACGUUUGUUUUACAUCCUGUUGUUUUAUUUUAGCUCAGUUUUACUCUUUAGACUCGACUUAUUUCUUCGUCUUUGUUUUUUUCCUUGGGUAUCAGGAUGCUGAACGAUGGCGCCACAAACCGUUAAUCUACCUGCCUGUCCACAGAGCGAGCGCUUACAGGAAGUACUAACCAGAGAGCCGACUGACGUACAAACACUACUGGGAGGUUACAGCUCUUACAAGCUCUCUGCUCCGCGCUAAAUCAGACAAAUGAAGGAAUACGAACGAUUUUCUACGUGUUGAGUCGAAACCUUUAAGAUGCUAUUCAGUUUUUUUUCUUCUGAAAUCUGAGGUGCAAAAAUGUUUUAUGUUUGAAUGAUUCAGAUUCUGUUGACUUUUUAUCGAUGUUAAAUUCACUGAUUGUCGUCUCCUGUUAAUCCUCAGGAGGUUUUUAGUCUCAAACUGCGUCCUUUAAUACAGGCUAAUGGCACGCAGGCUAAUGGCACGCAGGCUAAUGGCACGCAGGCUAACGGCACGCAGGCUAACGGCACGCAGGCUAGCAUCCUGUCAUUCCCACUGUGGUCAGUCUGUCAUGUCAGUACUUGACAUGAAACAACACAGGGAAGGUUAAGAGAAGGACUACAGUACAUUUCAGGACUUAAAUGCUCUCGGCGGUCUGUGAGCUCGGGCUGCGCUCCUUAAACCUCAGCUGUACUUAAAGCGUAACGCUGAGAGCUGAGUCGUAGUUCCUGCCUCGGCCUGUGUGAAGUGAAUGUCACCAUCCAUGCAUGUCUGGACACUAAGUGGACCUUAGCGUGGCUUAACGGUGCACACUCUAAUCUUUUGUACCAAACUCCAGCAGCCGCUGCUCCUUCCUCAUGUCAGUGUCACCUGAUGUCAGCAGUAGGACGGUAAACUCCUCCGUCCUCCACCCUCCUGCUGGAGGCCAACACACACCCUCAGUAGAAUAUAACGGUGUGCAUCUCAGCAGCUGAGACACUGACAAACAAACGUUCCUUUAAAAUAUUCACCAUUAAAAAUCAGAUCUGAGCCUGACAGUCUAACAUGUCCCAAAGUGGCCACCGUACAGAGGCAAAGUCCCUCCUUUUAUUACUGAUCCUGUUUGAACUGUGCCAGAAAUUACACGUAUGAUAUUUGUCAAUGUCAGUAAAGUGUGUCGCAGGUUCGUGUUGUUACCAUGACGAUCAGUAUGAAACCACUCAGCCUUACAAGAUAAACAUCAUCACCAGCAGCAGCUCAGUAACUUUCUCUGUUCCACGCACAAAUGUAACACCACAGUACCUCACGUGUUUCACCCAGAGACUCGUCUGAAUUCAGCUGUGAAGCAAAACAACAAGCAAGACGCUCGUUACCUGUGUGAGCGCGUUCUGGAACCAGACACUGACGUCACCUAUACGACCUUAAGAAUCUUCUAAAAACUGCGACUUUGUUGACUCACAAAAUUAUUCUGAAAUGAACGAACGUGAUUUUUGGCUCAAUUCAAACAGGAUCAGAAAAUUUGGCUGUAAUGUUGUUAACUGAUGAAGAUAUUCUGUCAUGGCCGACACAGGAAGUGGAGGGACUUGGUCUCGCUAUAUGAGGAGCUUUGAAACGUCUUCCUGUUGGUUUGUUGAGCAAAACAAAACCAAACCUGUUGCUGUUUGUCUUCGACACCCGGUAGACACUGAUCAUAGUUUCAGAUUUCGUAUUCAAGUCUCUGAUGAUGAUGAUGAUGAUGAUGAUGUCAUCAGUCUCUGAAGACAGUUCUUCUUCUUUUAUUUAAUAUCUGACAUCAUAAAAAUGUUUGAUGGUGGAAUCUGAAUCUCUCCAAAUAGGCGGCCAUUUUAUCUUUGAGAGCCGCCAUCGGUGCUUCGUCUAACUUCCUGUAAAACAUCUCUUAAGAGAACAGAUUAAAGUUGUACAGACACAUCGGGAGGCCAUUUUGUUUUCUAACAGCACCUUUUUUAUUUUUUUAGAGUUUUGAUUUUUCCCAGGGCGUGUGAACGGGACACACGUCCAGAGGUGCAACGAGUGUCGUACGAGUAUUUUGGACUUUGUGUGUCUCCUAACUUUGACUUGUGUUGAGUGAAUGUAGUCCAGCCAGUUGUCUUUGUAAGCACUGUAACUUCCUGUAGAGCUCAAGUGUAACGUUUAAUUCUGUAACUACUGUCAUAGUAAACCAGAGACUAAUGUGUACAUAAUGUAUAAGUGGUAAUAGUGAUGCAUCUAUUGUAAAUAUCAUACAGUCACUCUGACGUUGUAUUUGUUUUUUUUUGUUUUUUUUCUUGAUGCAGUGCUGAAACACUUUUGUGCAGGAUCUCACGUCUGUUGAAUCGUGCAAUAAAAAGUGACCAAACAUGGA